CCAUCUCCUUCAAGCACUUUCUUUCUCCGUCUUGAGCGAUUUCCACAACUGCAAAAUGCAACGCUCCAAUUUCGCCAUCCCGGAGGAGUUCGCCUCGAAACUUCGAUUCGUUGAUGCUCUUGACAAACGGUCUGACGAGGAGAUUCUCGACUCGCUCGCAAAGCACACUCCCAUCACUUCCGAAAAGAAUGUAUGGACAUACUGGCAUUCUGGUCUGCGUUCAAUGCCCCCUUGGUGCCAGCGCAACAUAAUCAACUGGGUCCGCCUUCUCGGCCCGUCUUGGACGGUCCGCGUCCUCGACACCGUUCCCAGCUCUCCUAACCAUGCCUUGACAUGGCUAGACUCCGAUAUGCUCCCGGAAAGCUUCGUGAAAGGCACGAUGCAGGGCCCGUAUACCGGCCCCCACAGUGCUGAUUUCCAGCGUGGCGCUGCACUGUACAAGUACGGAGGAGUUUGGAUGGAUGUCGGCAUCGUUCUUAUCCGCCACCUUGACAAGAUAUGCUGGGAUCAGCUUGCGGAUCCGAGUUCGCCGUUUGAAGUGUCGGUGCCGUGGAUGUAUGGCCAAGUCAUGGCGAAUCAUUUCGUGGCGAGUCGGAAAGGGGAUCCUUUCAUUAAGCGCUGGCACGAUCUUUUUAUCCACUUCUGGAAGGGUCAAAACGACCACAGCGGCAUCGUGCAAAGCCCGCUCAUUGGAUUUGUCAAAGACGUACGAUUCGAAGACUCCGUUGCGCGUGGCUUCAAGUGGGAUUUCAAGGUUGAUGAGUUGACGGUCAUGGGCUACAUCGGCCAAUGCGUCGCAUGGCUGCGCUUGUGCAUGCUCGAAGAGCCAAAUGGCGGCUUCAACGGCGUGGAGUACUGGGCGAACAAGAUCCUCCUCUUCGAUUCCCUGACGGAGGACUGGGCUGCCGAACAGCAAUUGGGAUUCACCGGUCAAGCUAUCUUUGAUGCGCUGGUGACCAAACGGGAUGCAGAUCCAAAGUCGGAGGAGUAUCAAAAGGCGUAUAAGGCUAUUUGGAGGCUUUUGACGAAGUCGAGCAUGCAAAAGAUUACCCAUGGAAAGCAUCUUACCGAGACUCCUGCCCUCGGUAUUUUCUUGGAUGCGAAGGAGAACCAGGGAGCUGAUAUUGCGUCAGGGACAUUUGCAGAACUGCUGAGGUUUGGAAGCGUACAUCUAGAGCAGACUCGUGAGAGCAUUGACUACAUCAAGGCUGAACGACCUGACCCAGAGAAGAUCAUGAAGAAGGGCUUGCUCGAACCCUGAAUAAUGUUCAUCAGCCUUGUUCAUUCCGGAGGAAAGUCAUGCAGAAUACGUGGUAGCGCAGCUAAAGCGGAAUGAGAGAAGAAAUAGAAAGAGUCGUAGAAAUAGAGAUGAUUGAAAAUACCCUUGCUUCAAGGCACUGUUGACCAUUUCUUAGGCUCC